UUCCACAGUUCGAGCGCGAGAGUAGGCAGUUGCGUGUGUCGUGUCAGUUAUAUCUCGGCAGCGAGAGCCGUCAGGCAUACGGGUAUUUCGAUGCGCGUUGUUCGUUCAAAAUCCUCGUGUAUCUUGAUGUAUUAAUAAUAGCAAAAACAUACGACAAAGUUUCAAUAACCGUAAAGAUCCUAUUAUCGAACGAAUUUGUCAACGAAUUCAUCUGUGAUUUCAUCUUGAAGUAAUCUCUUUCAGAGUAAUUUCGAGAAUGUUUAUAUCGUUUACAGAAAAUUUUAUUGCCUAAUCGAUUAAAUCAUGACAGUCGUUUCCUUGGAUUCUGAUGUGAUGACAUUUAUCAUGAUAUCGGGUGCAGUCGAUUCAUUUUCGCGGAUAAUCGAGUAUGAAUCUUCCUUUGCAAAAACGAAGAAUUUCAAGGUUAAGUACAGGAUCUGACACGUGAUUGUUUGAUAUGUAGUUAAAUUGUAUGCGGUACGAUUAUACAUGUUAUUUUAUAUCAUAUACUGCAGUGAUUUCAAUCGAUCAAAUGAACUGGACUUGAUGUUUAUUGAAUAUACCACGUGUCGGUAGUAUCGGUGGCGUGCAUGACCGGACGCAAUUACGAUCGAGACAUUAUAAUGAAUUAUGCAACAUCAUGUCAAUUCGAAGAUUACCAAGUUUGGACGUUUUAUUCUCUCGUGUCAAUGCUUGGUUUGCGUUCAUUCACUUCUUGUGAUAUCCAUUGAAAACGUGAAUUGUGUAUUGAAAGCCAUCACGAAAUGAACGAUGUGUUAUGACAUGAUAUCGAUAAAUAUCUUAUAAAAAUGUGUUACAUGGUUAUGUUCGUUUUAAACACAAAAUUGUGAAAUAUCGAAAACGUUCGACUGAAAAAAUAUUAUUUCUUUUAAAGUGAACGGUGAUUUAUCUAAUCCAUUUCGUGAAUUAUCGAACGGUAUGAAGUUUGAGGUUUGUUGCUUCGAUUUGUACGCGAAGUGUGUUGUUUCCUCUUAUUAACGCAUAUGAAACACGUGCCUUUAUUUUUUUGUACUCUUUUCAUUGUGCUAUCACGAAAAUCGUGUUCAAAGCAAAUAUUAUAUCAUUAUUAAGAGAUCAUAGACUCGAUUUAGGCGGGAAAGUAACGUUAUAGAACGAAUUCGAUAUCGAGUUUUUACUGCGCAACGUGUUCGCGUCAACGUAUUUCUCGAUUGCUUGAAAUCGAGAUGUGGAGAUGGAAAUUUUAAUCAAACGAUCACGGUAUGAAGUGACGGUUAUGAAUUCGAAUGCUGACUGAAUUAAGUUGUGAAAUUUUUACGCCAAAAAGUGACAAAGUGUAAAAAGUGACGGAAGAAUUUUGAAGUUAACCUCCCAAGAGAACCAAAAAUUGGAUAAUCGUCAUGGCUUAUGUGCUCUGGCGGGUUUUUAUGAAGAGAUACUCGAAGGUGCGGCUUGGACUCAGGAAUCUUCCUGUAAUACCGGCAGAGCGACGUGGGCCAGAGAAAGAAGAGACCUGGACCCUGGCCCCGGACCAAAGCGGGGACGCGUGUUCGUUCUUCGACGACGUAUCUGACGCGAAGCCUAAACCGAUCCAAGAUGUGGACAAUCCGCAAUCUCGGAUCCUCGAUCCUGGCGAGACCCAGCAAACCAACCAACAAUUCCCCCAAGAGCAUCCAGAGACCGGAACCUUGCCGCGUAGCCAGGAGACGAGGAAGAGCAAAACGAAAAAGGUGAAGAGUUACCUGAGGAAGUGCAAGGGCGCUCUCUCCAAAGGUGACGAGGCGUCCACGGAGAAGAAACGGCAGGAGCACUGUACCUCCUGGUACCUGGACGAGUCCCAUCAAGAGGACCCCGACAACACCUUCCACCUUCAGAAACAAUCGGAAUUCCUGGAUGAGAGGAUCGCGGAGGAGCCGUCCGCGUUCUCCCCGGAUCCCGUGGCCAAUCUCUCGAAGGAGGUGGAAGGAGGUGGCGAGGACGAAACUCUGGCGAGGCUGGGCGAAGACGAGGGCCGGGCGAGCGAGCUGAGGAGGAGCCGGACGUCCUUGUACGAGGACGCCAGGGAUUCCAUGAACGACAGAGAGUGCAUUGGUGAGGAGAGUUGCAAGCGGAACGACGCGAUCUCCCUCGAGACCCUGACCACGGAGGAAGUCACGAAUUUGAACAAGUGUGACUCGAACGACACACUGAUUGCGGAAGUGGCGGCCAACGGCCCGCCUCUCGUCGAGGAGGGAAAGGAGGAAGAGGGCGAGGAGGUGGACGGCGAGACGCUGCGGGCCCUGUCUCUGUUUGGGGGUCGCGGAGACGUCGCAUCGUUGGUCCGGAACUUGCUUGGCCCGAUUUACGGCGAUGGCGUUAUCAAUCUGUUGAUAAGGCAGGCCCGGGACAUCCUGGUGUGCGCUUAUCACGGCAACUUGGAGAACUUCCUCAAAACUUAUCUGUCACCGGCCGCGACCCUUUUGGCGGAAGUGAAGUCGGCGGCCGCCUCUGAGAUGGUAGGUGAUUUGAUCAACAGACUGUGUGCCAGGUGGCCAGGGCCCACGUAGAUGACCACACACAGGCGAAGGGUGCGUAUAGACUGAUGACAAAGCCGGUGGAAAACGGGACCGUGAAGGAAUAACAGAAGGUGUAGCCAGAUAGCGCGGAACAACGCGAUGAGAGCAUCGAAGACACUGUAACGGUGCCUCGUCCGAACUGAUUGACAAUGAUUGAAGGCUGUGUGUUUCGUCUUGGAACUGCGAUAGUCUUAGCCAGCUUCCAGAUUCCAGAUUCCUCUUGUAAACCGUCGACACACGUGUACAGGGUAUUUGGAUGAAUUAGAUAGAAAAUUUAAG